CGGCGAGAAAUAACUCUCUCACACACACACACACACACACACACUGCUCCACAACUGGCAGGAGAGAAGGGAAAAAAAAGAAAAACCUCAGACAUGGAUGACCCACUCACAAAAUGGCUCCACUUACACAGUAACAUCAACAACACGGCGGGUGCGGAGUAGAGGAGUCGAGCGAGUGAAAAUGAUGGAAAAACGGCAGCCGGAGCUGUGUCCCGGGAGUCCCGACGCAGAGUCCGGUCCUGGAAAACGGGAGGAGGACUCCAUCAUCCCCAGACAGAACGGAUGCAAGGAGGACGAGGAGCCGAGGAGAGGGGAGGCGGGGGAGGGGAGAGGGGGGAGCUUCAAGGGGAUAGAGGAGACGGAUGACGUUCCUCUGCAGAACUCGAGCAACGGGACCAGCAUCAGCAUCAUCAUCAAUGGCGUUGCCAAGGAAACUGCCUCUCACAACGCCCUUGACCUGAAAAGGGAAGUGCCGGUGAUCGAGCUCUCCAGGAGGGACGCUAUAAAAGCGCUGGAGCAGAGGACUGAGAGCCAUUUGGUGCCGAUCACGGAACUUCGCAGACCUCCACCGCUGCCGCUGCCGCCGCCGCACCGAGACGACGCUCGAAUGGUCCAACUGAGUCCAACCGCGUUUCCUGUCCCGGCCCGGGCGAUGCUCUACAACCUGGCGCAGCCUCUCGCCGCCAUCAACAGUCUCGGAGGGGAGUCGGAACAGUACAGCAUGUACCCCAGCAACAGGGUAAAGCGCCGACCGGCGCCUUAUGAGGUUGAACUCGACGAGGGUAGGCGCAUUUUAGAUCUUUAUAAGUAUGCUGGCCAGCCAAAGAUUGUCCGUCGCAUCUUCACUAAUAGUCGUGAACGCUGGCGGCAGCAGAAUGUAAACGGGGCGUUCGCCGAGCUCCGCAAACUCAUCCCCACGCACCCUCCGGACAAGAAGCUCAGCAAGAACGAGAUCCUCCGGCUGGCUAUGAAGUACAUCAGCUUCCUCUCCAACCUCCUCGAGGACCAGGACGGAGGGCGGAAUGUUGGCAGCACAACUGAUGGGGAAACAGGGCUGCUGGUUGGGGCCCAUGAGGGGGGCCCUCAGGGCGGACCACAUCAGGACACAGUGGUGGGCCUGGCCAGGGAUGACCUUCUGGAGACAAUGUCACCAGGCUCCAGCUGUGGAAGCCUGCCCGACGGCGAUGCGGAGGGGAGCCCAGAGAGCUUUAUGGAGGACCAGGACUCACCUCCAGCACCAAGGACUCUAACGGCUUCUCGCGGGGCCACACUGCAUCUAGCUGCUAGGGAUCUGAGGCGCAACGGACGCCCGUUGGACGGCUCCAGUCGCCGAUGAUGCUGAUGGCAGCAGGGCACGGACAGAACACCUGAGACUGAAAGAGAACAAUGACAUAGUCUUAAAAAAAAGAGGUGGACAUGCUCAGGACCUGUUAGCUUUGAGUUGUCAGUGUAGAAAGGAGAAUAAAGCACCGUGUGGUGAGAAAGUAGCGUCCAAAAUGGAUCAUGAGCACAUUCCUGUCUCCACAGUAGCACUGAUGAAUAGCUUGGUUCGAUUGGUGUGCGAUUGAAAUAGAUCCAACAAAAGACUUGUAAAUUCUGCAUGUCUCAUGUCUUUGACUGAACCGUGGCUUACAACUUUCUAUGUUUUGAAAGUACAAAGACUGGAUAUUCUAAAAAAAAAACCCGAAAAAAACACAAAACUAAACCAAACUUAAGAAUCAAAGAACACUCAGCAAAUAUUUUUAAUGUGUAAUAUGAUACCAUUGAUAACAUUGGCCAGAAUAGAGCUAACAUGCCUGCAGAGUGCUGCAAGUAAAUAGUUCUAAAGUGUCACUGAAUAAACCUGGAUUUAUAACUCUCAGAUUGAAUGUGUUAGAGUAAUGACACAAAAGUAAAUUUGCCUCAGUUGGAGGCCGUAAGUGAAUGGCCUGGACUAGCCGUGCAGUCAAGUAUGUAUUGUAAAUAGCAUUAUAUUUCCACGGCACAAUGUAAUAACAGUGACUCGAGUUCAAGUCAUGUGGUUGAAGAUGUACCGUAGUGUGUUUGUCAAUGGGUAUACUAGUAAAACAGUCUUUUAGGAGACAGGAAAUUAUAGGACAAAUGAGAGGAAAUGAGCUAAAUUCAAAACGUAAAGCGAGCGACGGAACCUAGUGCAUCAGAUGUGGUACCAUUUAAUUCUUUUACACUUUGGUGAUGAUGAAAUUACACCAAAUACAGCAACAGACAGUUAAAUAGCGUCACUGCCUGGAAUGACGGGCUAUAUCUAUUUGACAUUGCUGUGGAGGUACAAGACAUGCAGUGCAUUUAAAGUGUACAAAAAAUGGGUCGUAUGAAAUCAUGAGCUGACCCAUGCAGUCCUUUUGAUAUGAAUGUUUCUUUCAGUGUAUUUUUUUUUUUCAAACUGUAAUGCAGUUGUAGUUUAGUAAGGUACACAAGCAAAUCCCUUCAUUGCCGCAUUUCACAUAUAACCUACAGUAUACAGUAUGCACCCCCCCCCCCCCCCCCCCCCCCCACACACACACACACACACACACACACACACACAUACACACUCACACACACACACACGCGCACACACACGCGCACACACACACGCACACACACGCGCACACACGCCUACACAGAGUUAAUAUCAUAGCAACACCAGCAGUUUUGGACAAAGACAGUAAAGUAUUGCUCACUGUUGCUGCUCUGCUUUUUCAGCGGGACUCAGUAGCCUCUAUUGGUACCUUUGGUAACUAUGGUAUUCUAAGGAAUUGCAGUAAAGGGACAUGUACGUUUGCUUCUGACAUAUUUGUUGUAAGAUAGUUGUAUCUAUAAAUAUAUCCAAUGUUAAAAAUCGAUGAAUUUUAUACAAAAAACCCUGAAUAAAACCCAGAGGAAAAGCCUUGUAUUUGAUCUCA